AUCAUGUCUUGGUUGUUGAUUGCGACGACUUUGGUGUGUAUUUAUCUCACAGCAGGACAAGAAGAGAUUGGAGCUAACAGAUUCAAUCAACGACUUAAUGACAUAGAGCAACAACUGGCAACUUUGAUACAGAAUAACAAUCAGAACUGCCCAAACAUAGAUGAUUACAAUCAACUUAAAAAGCAAGUAGGUAUUCUGCAAUCUACCGUGAAAGGACAACAUAACACGAUACAGUACCUUAAGAGUAAACUGAGUCACGAUGCAGCCUUUGAGUCCAACAAUACAACACCAAGGUCAAGAAAUGAAUCGCGUCGCUUGCUCUUCGAGGAGGGAAUUUCAUUUUUGGCUGUUAAAAAAUCCAAUCAAGCGAACAUCGGCGUGCGUCAAAACAUAGUAUUUGAUCAGAUUGUCAACAACAGAGGCGGAGGUUAUCAGUCCGAUCACGGGCUGUUUGUAGCUCCUGCUAGCGGCGUAUAUAUUUUCGCAACAACUCUUGUUCAUGCCGGCCAAUCACAAGCUUUUCAUGCGGAAAUAGCUCACUCGGGCAAUACGUUAGUAAAGAUUCACGGAGAAAGCUCCGUAUGGGAUUCCGGAAGUCAAACAGUUGUACUACAGGUGAACGCAGGCGAAGAAGUCUGGGUGAGGAACAUAGAUUAUGACAACGAAAACGUUUACGGCGACUCGUACAGUUCCUUCACGGGGGCAAUGAUUGCGCCUCUCUGAUGUCAUCGGGGAGUUUCAAUUGAUUUCCCUUUGAAUUAUUCGUUAAUUAAAAGCAGAUACUAGUAGUAUUAUCGUAUU